AUGGCGGGAGUCAAGCGAUCAAUAAAUGGGCUAGCCAAGCCCCAGAACAAACCCCAAGAGCCGGAAGACGUAGCCAUGACAGACGCAACACCUCCAUGCGGGCAACCGCAACCACCAUCCUGCGAGACCACUUCGUCGAUCAGCACAUUGGAGAAGCAAGAGAAGACCUCAAAACCGAAUCCUUCCACGAAGAACCCCACCAAACCACGUACCACGAAUGCCAAACUUUGCCAAAAACUCCCCAAACUUCCCAAAAACACAAAGAUUGUCACUCGCCCACUUCUCCACGCUCCACUCUCUUCGCCUUUCUCUUCGUCGGGCUCUGCGAAAACGCUCUACAUAACUGCCACGACGCCCUACAUACCUACCGUAAAGCGCGUGCGCAAGCUGCUGAAUGAGGUGGUAAAGCGCGAGAAGCAAUCCGCAAAUUCCCUGAACAAAGCAAGAGGAAGAGGCGGACGAUAUGCCGAAGCAAACGGACGAUUGGAAGCGCGAGAUGUAGAAGCAGAAAUAGUAGGAGAGAUGGGCCGGACAGGUAGCAGUAAUAAUGUGGGUAAACGAGGGAUUGUGGGGCAAGGCAAAGACAAAGGACGGGAACAAAUCUAUCUCAAAGCAACAGGACGAGCGAUUCCAAGAGCUUUGGAACUGGGAUUACGUUUCCAGUCCGAAGAGGAUUGCUGGGUCAAGAUUGAGUUGGGCAACGUAAGUGCAAUUGAUGAUAUUGAGGUUGAAAGUCGGGAUGCAACAGGAGAGGUAUCAGGGGAGCCUGGGGAGGAGGCAGAAGCAGAUGAUGUACCGGAGACAAGGAUACGCACAUUAAGUUCCGUCACUGUUAGUAUUGGACUGAAGUGA